AUGUUUAGAUCAAUUUUAAAAUUAAAUAGAAACAGUUUAAAUAGUAUUAGAUUAUUUUCAUCAUCAACUAAUGGUGGAAAAUUUACUAUUUCAAGCAAUGUAGAUAAAAUACCAAAUAAUGAAAUUUCAAAUGUUGAAAAAUUAAGAAAGAAAUUACUAUAUCAAAGUAAAGAAAGAGGAAUGUUAGAGAACGAUUUAUUAUUAGGUAGUUUUGCAACCAACAAUAUUCAAAAAUUAACAGAACAACAAUUAAAAGAUUAUGAUUUAUUAUUACAACAACCAGACCCAGAUAUUUUCAAUUGGAUUUUAAACAAAACUGUUAUACCAGACGAAUUCGAAACUGAAGUUUUAAAAAUGAUCCAACACCACUGCCAAAAUGACCCAUUAGGCUAUACAAGAAAAUAA